GACAAAUAAACAUUAAUGGCUGCCAAUCUCGUAUGAAGAAGCAGCAGCAGUGAAUUUUUCGCUCCAAUUUGCAAAAAGUUAGAGAAAACUAUUUUACAAAAUCGAGUGAGAGUUCAAAAACAAUUUGCGAAAACGCAGCGUGGAUAAUAUUCGUGCAGGAUGUGGCCGCAGGCGUUGCAAAUGUCUAGAGAAGAGUGUCGAGGGAUUUUGAGAAGACUUGAGUUGGAAUCUUAUUCUCAUGUGAUAAGUGUAUUUCGCGCUCAGGGUGGCCUCAGCGACAACAAGGCCAAACUUCUUGAGGAGUUGCGUGGCAUAUUUCACAUAUCGCAAGAGCGUCACCGAGCUGAAGCGCGUCGUGUUGCCAAUGAUGAACAAUUGUGUACCAUAGCUGAAGCUAUUUCGGGUCCAAAUACUUGGCAGGAGUGGUCGCGUGAAGGACGUCGAUCGUAUCCGAUGCUACCGCGUGUGGCGCCACAAACAGCACUCGCUCUAAUUGCUAACAAUGUGGCAACGGAGACAGUUUCUGAAAACGCUAAAUUACCCUAUCCUGCUGAUACGGCAGCCGCUGUUAUUGCCGAACGCGCUAAUUCUGUCAAUACAAUAUCGGGAAAAGAUGAAUUGGAACCGUGGGCAAUCAAGCGCGAGGUUUAUGUCGUCACAGAUGAUCCUUUCAAAAUGCCCGAUAUUCCUGCUGCCAAUAAGAAAAAUCUUAAACGUAACAUAUCCGACACUCACGCUGGCAGCAAUAAAAAGCGUAUUAUCAGUGAUACUUCACCCAACAAACAACAACACCAAAGGCAGUUCCAUCAUAUAACUGCUAAUAGUGGCGAAACUACGUCGCCCAGCAUCGGUACCAGCAAUAUUCGUAAAUUAUAUCACAAUCACAAUAGUAAAGCUGCCCAGCAACGUUUGAAUCAAACACCAUUACAAAAACAAAAACUGGCAACGAAAAAAUCACAAAUUGCUACAGGUGUGAACCCUGUAUUACCUGUUACACCUGGUAAGCGACAGGCGACGCCAGCCAAAAGUGGACGCAAAUCGAAUUCCAAACUUCAAGAACAAAAACAACAACAGACACUUGCUCAACAACAACAACAACACCAACAGCAACAACAAUUGCUACCGCCAUCAACAGUUCGCAAUAUACAACAUAUUGUCGGCGAGAGUUUGGAUGACUACAACAUGGAUCAGAAUUCCACACAACCACAGAUUGCCGCUUCAAAGAAGGACAUAACCAAGAAUCUGACUAAAUUGCAAUUGCCUAGCGUAAUGACCACACCAACAACAGGCGCACCAUCAGUUUCACCAAAUGUGAUAGCACCGACAAUGCCAUCAAACACACCGCUAGUAGUGAAUGCUUUGUCUACACGAAUUGAUGCCCAUCAGUUGCCAACUGCCUUAUCGCCAACUAUAGUCAGUGCUAGUGGUUCAUCGGUUCCCACAAAUUUACAUAGUAAAGUGGAAAAGCAGCUGAUUUCAACGCCAGUGCAAAAGAUUAUACUUGAAGAUCGUCUUCCGCCGCAGCAAUUGUCGGGUUCAAUUGUCACAACAACAACAACAUCAGUGUCAUCAACGGUCGUGGUGUCGUCGGCAUCCACGUUCCAAAUGCAAUCUACAUCAACACCACAGAUAAUGACAUUGCCACAAAUAUCUGCUGCUGCGACCAAAUUGCGCGCAGUCAAUACCACAAUUUUACCACCCGGCACUAAACUCACCACUAAAAAGCUUUCCGGUUCUACAUUGAUCAGCGCGCUUGGCACGGAGAAUAACGCCACGCUAAGCGGCAGUACAAACAACAAUGGCUCACAAGUGUUUAGCAUCAUUGACGGUAACAAUAGCACGAAUACUGCACAAGCGUCGCCCGCACUGCCGACGCAUACGCCCCCCGCAAUCAUACAAAUACAAAACACAAACAGUGUGUCUAGUGAAGGUGCAACGCUGCAAGCAUCACAACAGCCGGCGCAAGGCAAAGUGUUAACAACGAAAUUGUUGCCAAUUGUGCUAAGCGGCGCCGGUGUGACUGGUGCUGCUGCCGGUGCAUCCGCCACACUUAGUGGCAGCGGCAGUAGUGGCGGUAACACAGUUAAUAUAACGAAAAUUGAAACUAUCAAUAACGGUGCUACACUCGUAAGUGGUGGCAGUGCAGCAAGUGGCAUCACCGGCAAUAAUUUGAAUGCAUCGUUAGGUGGCACAACGGCAGUACUCAAAACUGUGGGCUCUACAUUAUUGCUAUCACCCAAUCAGAGUGGCACACCUGCUGGCAGUGCGCUCUUUUCCACAUUAACAUCCGGAGCUCCAGUGUUCCGUAAGUCGCAGAUCAUUAAAGCGGGCACAAUUGGCGUGAACGCAAGUAGCGCAGGCAAGCUUUCUGGCACCUUUAGUACUUCCAACUCUGGCCCACAAAUUAUCAGCAAUAUUAAAUUGACACCAGCGAAUACCACUACAAGUGUAACGGCGGUCAGUCAUUCGAAUCAACAAUCCACAACAGCUUCACCAUUCUUACAACAUCAAUUGAAGAAUAUCUCAACGACUGGUAUACGCACCAGCGUCAAAAUAUGCCAAUCACCCAAUGGCAAAGUGUUCAUACAGCCAGCCCAUAUUGAUAACGCAUCGAAAGCGAAACUGCAAGGUGCAUUGUCGCACAAAAUCUUGCCUAACGCAGUGGUCAGCAGCAACGCUACGGGUGCUGGCACAACCGGCACACAUCAGCCGCAACGGAUCGCCAUACAGAAAGUGCAAAUAAUACCAGCACCUUUAAAUUCGCCCGGCACUCUGACGGGCGCCUUUCACGCGGCCACCUCACAAUCCCAGUCACAGACGAAACCUACAAUUACAACAAAUACACUAACAUUGAGCGGUAAUAAGGGUAAUAUGAAUAUGGUUUUCGUGCCGUCGGUGGGUGCACGCACCACAACGGGUAAAAUAACACUGACGAAGCCAGCAAGCGUUAGUAGUGGUAUUGUGGCAGCUACCAAAGUGCAGGGUGCCCAAAACACAGAAAGCCACAAACCCAAUGUGGUGAUAAUUGGCGCGUCACAAAGUGGGUCAAAUACGCCAAUUAAGGCGACUACCACUUUCAUCGAUGGCAGCAACAACAAGUACAAUGUGACCGCUAGAACAGCGAAUGCAGUGCAGUUGGAGGCAAAUCAAAUGAUUACCGAAGACACACCAGUUGAUAUACUCAAUAUGCCGAUUAUAGUGGAUAGUGGUGAUGGUACGAAUAUCACGAUGGGUAAUAAUAUUGGCGAUACGGUAACGGUGUUGCCAACAACAACAACAACAACGGUCGUGGAGAAUGCACAACAGCAGCGUGAACAACAAAACCAACAACAACAACAGCCGUCCACAAUAAUUUUGGGUGCUACCGAUUGGGAAAUGGAAUUGGAUCAGGCGACAGCCGUGGCAGCAGCAAGCAAAGCAGCACGCACUGACUACCGCCGACUGUCAAGCGGCCAAGAAGCUGCUGAUGGUGGUAAACAACAAAUGCAAGAUAAGGACGAGAUUGAUGGUGAAACCAUAAUUAUCGAUGACAGUUUUGAAGAUGUCAUAGUGGAGGAGCAGGAAGAGGGCGACACUGACGCCGGCACUGAGACUGAGGGCACUGUGGAUGGUGAAAUGGCAGACGACACGGGCGGCGAAGAGGGGCAAGAGAUGACCGAGCGCGCAUACACCAUAUAUAGCGGUACUGAAAGUGGUAGCGGUGGUGAGAUAUCGCCCGCCAAAACGUCUGAUGCGCCUAAAUUGGUAAAGGUGGGACGGUUGCAGAAAACAUACAACAACACCAACAACAGCAGCGUCAACGAUGAAGACGAGCCAAUCGAAGUGAUUGACGAUGAAGAUGAGCAUACGACUGUGGCUGUCAGCCAUCAAACGACUGCACACAAAGCGGAAAGUGAAGGUGCGAAAUUGGAGAGCGAGGUGCAUGCAAUCAAUGCGAGCAACGAAAGAGAAAAUAACAUAUCUGCCAUAGUUGAGUGUGAAACAGAUGCAGGCUUCGAUGAGACUAUUGUUGCCGAUAUUGAUGAAAAUACCGCAAUUGAAUAUAUAGAAGAGGAUAACAACACGCAUGCCAACAAUGACAAAGCUAAGUUGAACAACAUUAGUGGCACAACAGCAAAGUCCGCGAAAAGUACACAAAUAGCGGAGGAGAGUGAAGUCAUCGUGUUGGACGACAAUGACAGCACAACACCAACGGCCACAGCAACAGCAACGCUGGCCGCAGCCACAUCGGCUGCGGCGUUAGACGAAGCCACAGAGGACAACACAGUCGUGGUGGAGUGCAAUGCAGCCAAAAUGGUUGGUGGCAAUACGGCAACGGCGAUAAACGUUGCCAUAUUAAAGCCGGCAACAGUUACAACUGUCACGCGUAAUGACCUAACGGGUUUACAAUAAAUGCGUGGAGCUGCUUGGAACUGCAUGCAAAUUGUCGUAGUUGUUGUAGAGACGUUUGGUAGAGCAGUUGAUUUCUACUCAGCUCAAGUAUAGUAAUAGCAAUAGUUGGUGGGGACGCGACAAUUUGUGGUGUAGUUGAAAAUGGUGUAUAUAAAUGAUUUGGUGAAAUUAAUUGUUUAUAGUAAUGAUAUUUAAGGCAGUUGGUUUUAGCAACAUUUUUGGCGUAAAAUGUGAAGUUAGCUGAAACGCGUUAACCAUUAGUUAGCAGUUGAAGUGUAAUACAAAGUUACCGGUUUUGUUUGAAAAAUGAACAAAAGUUUUAGUAAAGGUUUGUGAAGUCUGUAAGUAGAAGAAAUGCAUUAGCGAGUUAUUUUUUUUAGAAAUACUACUGUUAACUCAAGUAGGUUGGAUUAUAGUUUAAACAUAAUUUACAGUUAUUCAAUAUUUUUUAAUGCUAAUAUUUUAUUAUUAUUUUUUUUUUUGUAAAGUUUUACCAUAAGAAUUGAACGUAACUUAAGUACUCACAUGUUUUUAUGAGCACCCACGACGUAAAAGGUAAAUGCAAUUGAAUUCAUAUUUAGUACUAGCGGAUAAGUACCAGUGGGAUAAUUAAAAUAGUAAUAAAAAGAAAUUUCCAAAAUUUUCUGCUAAGUUGUAAAUAGUAGUUAGUAACUUAGACUGUGCUGCUGCAACAAGCAAAAACGGGCACCAAAAGCGAAAAAGCGUUGAAAAA